AAACGUCACUUUUCAAAAUGGAAUUGAUCGAUGUCGAUGAUGUCGAUGUGGUUGAUAUGGUAGACAUAGUAGAAAAUAUUCGAAUACCACGGCAAAUUCACAUUAGGAGAAAUUUAUUUAAUAUUUAUUCUAAUGUUGAAUUUUUUCGACGAUUUCGACUCGAAAAAGGGACUGCUUUAUAUUUAUUGGAGAAAAUAGAACAUAGACUAGAGUACUUCCAUAACAGGAAUAAUUCCAUCAGUCCCAUGAAUCAACUUUUGCUAACGUUAAGAGCUUAUGCCAGUGCAGGGCAUUUUGUUGCUGUUGGAGACUUUGUGCAUGCAGACAAGUCAACAGUAUGUAAAAUUGUUUCAAAAGUUUCAAGGCUCAUAGCAUCAAUUGCAAGGGAAUUUAUAUACAUGCCUCGAAAUGAAGUUGAAAUUGCAAGUGCUCAGAAUAAAUUUUACGACAUUGCUGGUUUCCCUAGAGUCAUUGGGGCAAUAGAUGGAUGUCAUAUAAAAAUUCAAUCACAAGGUGGAGCUGAUGCUGAAAUAUAUCGAAACAGAAAGGGAUAUUUCUCUGUAAAUGUGCAAGCCGUUACAAGUGCUGACCUGUUAUUCCAAGAUAUCGUCGCACGUUGGCCAGGUUCGACGCACGAUACCACCAUUUUUAGAAAUUCACGAUUAAUGCAUAGAUUCAAUAAUGGAGACUUUGGAAAUAGUAUCUUGUUGGGAGAUAGCGGUUAUAUGAAUCUUUCAUAUCUAUUUACACCUUUUCUGAAUGUUCAGAACGAUGGUGAAAGAAACUACAACAGAAGUCACGUUCAAAGUAGAGUCAAGGUAGAAAAUCUAUUUGGUGUUUGGAAAAGAAGAUUUCCUAUAAUAGCGUAUGGAUGUAGAAUGAAGCUAGAAAAUGUACUUUGUGUUAUUGUGGCUACAGCAGUUUUGCACAAUUUGGCUCGUUUGAGGGGAGAACCAGAACCACCUAUUGAAAAUUUAAUUAUGGAACACGAGCUUCAGCAAGCAAUUCGAGAUGGAGAUAUUCCUUUAGCCGCCGAAGAAAAUGAUUUAGGCUAUGAUUAUAGAAGACAUUUAGUAGAUAUAUAUUUUUCUAGAUUGUAAUUUUCGUAU